AGCUAGAGCAACAAAGGAGCCCGGCAGUCGGCCGGGAGAGCUCAGGGGGCUGCGGCGCGCUCGCGCGGAGGUGGCUUCUGGGCCGCGGACUGGCGUGGGGGCGGAGCCGGGGACCGACUCCCGCACCCCCCGGCCGGUGCCUGGCCUUCUCCGAGGAGCUGGGAGUUGGUUUUAAUGGUGGGAGAGGGAAUGGGGCUGGAGAUCGGAGCCCCAGGGGGCUCCCAGGGCUGAAGACAACUCCAUUCGCCAGGCGAGGGAGUCCGGAGUCCGUGCAUCCUGGCCCGGGCCUGCGCUGCCCAACAUGGGGCCCGGGUUCCAAAGUUUGCAAAGUUGGGAGAAGAGGGGCACGGACGCGCGCUGCGCCUGGCGAAAACUGGCCCCAGACUCACGGGGCGCACCGGUCGCCUAAGUAGCCUCCGCGGCCCCCGGGGUCGUGUGUUUAGCCAAGGGACUCCGGGGAGCGCGGGGGCGCCUCGGCUUCUGCUGAGUUGGCGGGUUUGGCCAUGGCCGCUGCCCGCCCCGCGCGUGGGCCCGAGCUGGCGUCCCCGAGGCUGCUGCAGUUGCUGCUGGUGGUACUGCUGGGGGGCCCGGGUCGGGGGGCGGCCUUGAGCGGGAACGCGACCGGGCCUGGGCCUCGCAGCUCCGGCGGGAGCGGGAGGAGGAACGCGCCGGUGACCAGCCCUCCGCCGCCGUUGCUGAGCCACUGUGGCCGGGCCGCCCACUGCGAACCUCUGCGCUACAACGUGUGCCUGGGCUCGGCGCUGCCCUACGGAGCCACCACCACGCUGCUGGCUGGGGACUCGGAGUCACAGGAGGAAGCGCACGGCAAGCUCGUGCUCUGGUCGGGCCUCCGGAAUGCCCCCCGCUGUUGGGCAGUGAUCCAGCCUCUGCUAUGUGCUGUCUACAUGCCCAAGUGUGAGAAUGACCGAGUGGAGCUGCCCAGCCGCACCCUCUGCCAGGCCACCCGAGGCCCCUGUGCCAUCGUGGAGCGGGAGCGAGGGUGGCCUGACUUCCUGCGUUGCACCCCGGACCAUUUCCCUGAAGGCUGCCCAAACGAGGUACAGAACAUCAAGUUCAACAGCUCAGGCCAGUGUGAAGCCCCGUUGGUGCGGACAGACAACCCCAAGAGCUGGUACGAGGAUGUGGAGGGCUGUGGGAUCCAGUGCCAGAACCCGCUCUACACCGAGGCCGAACACCAGGACAUGCACAGCUACAUUGCGUCCUUCGGGGCGGUCACAGGCCUCUGCACACUCUUCACACUGGCCACCUUUGUGGCUGACUGGCGGAACUCCAAUCGCUACCCUGCGGUUAUUCUCUUCUAUGUCAAUGCAUGUUUCUUCGUGGGCAGCAUUGGCUGGCUGGCCCAGUUCAUGGAUGGUGCCCGUCGGGAGAUUGUUUGCCGAGCAGAUGGCACCAUGAGAUUUGGGGAACCCACCUCCAGCGAGACCCUGUCCUGUGUCAUCAUCUUCGUCAUCGUGUACUAUGCCUUGAUGGCUGGAGUGGUCUGGUUCGUGGUCCUCACCUAUGCCUGGCACACUUCCUUCAAAGCCCUGGGUACCACCUACCAGCCUCUCUCAGGCAAGACCUCCUACUUCCACCUGCUCACAUGGUCACUCCCCUUUGUCCUCACUGUGGCAAUCCUCGCUGUGGCCCAGGUAGAUGGAGAUUCCGUGAGUGGCAUCUGUUUCGUGGGCUACAAGAACUACCGCUACCGUGCUGGCUUCGUGCUGGCCCCCAUUGGCUUGGUGCUCAUCGUGGGAGGCUACUUCCUCAUCCGAGGGGUCAUUUCUCCGCAGCUAAUGCCUGAGCUGUCUUUCUGCUCAGGGGUCAUGACUCUGUUCUCCAUCAAGAGCAAGCACCCUGGGCUUCUGAGUGAGAAGGCUGCCAGCAAGAUCAACGAGACCAUGCUGCGCCUGGGCAUUUUUGGCUUCCUGGCUUUUGGCUUUGUCCUCAUCACCUUCAGCUGCCACUUCUAUGACUUCUUCAACCAGGCUGAGUGGGAGCGUAGCUUCCGGGACUACGUGCUGUGCCAGGCCAAUGUGACCAUUGGGUUGCCUACCAAGAAGCCCAUUCCGGACUGUGAGAUCAAGAAUCGACCCAGCCUCCUGGUGGAGAAGAUCAAUCUGUUUGCCAUGUUUGGCACUGGCAUUGCCAUGAGCACCUGGGUCUGGACCAAGGCCACACUGCUCAUCUGGAGGCGCACCUGGUGCAGGCUGACUGGGCAGAGCGACGAUGAGCCCAAGAGGAUCAAGAAGAGCAAGAUGAUAGCCAAGGCUUUCUCUAAGCGGCGUGAGCUGCUGCAGAACCCGGGCCAGGAGCUCUCCUUCAGCAUGCACACUGUCUCCCAUGACGGGCCCGUGGCGGGUUUGGCUUUUGACCUCAAUGAACCUUCAGCUGAUGUCUCCUCUGCCUGGGCCCAGCAUGUCACCAAAAUGGUGGCUCGGAGAGGAGCCAUACUGCCCCAGGAUGUGUCUGUUACCCCUGUGGCAACUCCAGUGCCACCAGAGGAACAAGCCAACCUGUGGCUGGUGGAGGCCGAGAUCUCCCCAGAGCUAGAGAAGCGCCUGGGCCGGAAGAAGAAGCGGAGGAAGAGGAAGAAGGAGGUGUGCCCACUGGGGCCAGCUCCUGAGCUUCACCACCCUGCCCCUGCCCCUGCCCCUGCCCCCAGUGCAGUUCCUCGGCUGCCUCAGCUGCCCCGGCAGAAGUGCCUGGUGGCUGCAAAUGCCUGGGGAACAGGGGAGCCCUGCCGACAGGGAGCCUGGACUCUUGUCUCCAACCCCUUCUGUCCAGAGCCUAGUCCCCAUCAAGACCCAUUUCUCCCUGGUGCCUCAGCCCCUAGGGUCUGGGCUCAGGGCCGCCUCCAGGGGCUGGGAUCCAUUCAUUCCCGCACUAACCUAAUGGAGGCUGAGCUCCUGGAUGCAGACUCAGACUUCUGAGCCUGCAGGGCAGGUCCUGGGAUGGGAAAGAUGCAUGCACCCUUUUCUGUGGCUCUUCUUCCUGAGAGCACACCUCUGGGGUCUCAUCUGACAGAGUCACUCUGGGGUCUCAUCUGACAGAGUCAGUGGGCCUCGUGCCGGCUAGAAGAGUUCUGUGUGUCUGCCUCAAAGCACCGGACUGUGGGAACACGCUGAAUAUAGCCAUUGCUAGGUCUCCUGUCAGGAGUAGGACCCCCCUUGUCUCUGCCCCGACUAGAGUCUGGCUGGCAGUGUCAGUCUCCAGCAGAGCUAUGCGGAGGCAGGAAUGGCAGAGGCAGGAGUGACAUGACCCAGAGUGGGCUAUGGUGGUCAGUGAGGCAACCAAACCCAUGUCUGGCAGAUGAGGGCUGGCUGCCCUUUUCUGUGCCAGUGAGUGCCCUUUUCUGGCACUCUUAGACCAAAAGUGUUUGAUGUGUCAUUUGUCUUUUGUCUAAGUGGGGACAGGACUCUCUUCCUCCUCUUCCGGGUAGUUGUGAUGACCACUCCCGUAAGGGCUAUAGCUGAUCUCAACAGGUGGCCCUACCCCAGACACAUCCUCUGUUUUCCUGAACUCUCUUCCACAUUCCAUCUCCUUCCCACCAGACUAACCUCUUCCAGCUUAACAUCCUAAAACUGCAGCGCGUGUGCACGCGUACACACACACAGACACACACACACACACAGACACACACACACUUUACUACUGAGCUCAGUCUCUUGCUGAGAGACUGGUUCCACUCCAGGCCUCUGAGAGACAUGUUCUUUCUUCCGCAUGUCCAUCCAGUGGGGAUGGACCCUCUGACUUAAGGGGCUAUGUUGGGAAGUUUCUAUAGCUUGAGCUAGGCACAAAAGCUUCUUCUGACUUCUGUCUCUGCUGGGAAGGGGGACACCCCACUUUUUUACAAUGUCUAGUUGUGUUCAUAGUGCCCCACCUUCAAGAACCAGACAGCAGGAUGUCUUAGAAGCUGCCUGGGUUCCAGGUCAGGGGAUCGGUAUGAGAAAAAGAAAUAUAAACAGUAAAUAAACAUUUUUGUAUAA